UGUUGUGGCGGAAGGAGGAGCUUUCUAGGAGCAGCUGGUGCCGAGAGAAGCGGGACCGGCAAAGAUGAUUCAGGCGAUUCUGGUUUUCAACAACCAUGGGAAGCCGCGGCUGGUCCGCUUCUACCAGCGUUUUCCUGAAGAGAUCCAACAGCAGAUUGUUCGAGAGACUUUCCAUCUGGUCCUCAAGCGAGAUGACAACAUCUGUAACUUCUUAGAAGGUGGAAGUCUGAUUGGUGGCGCCGACUGCAAGCUGAUUUACCGGCACUACGCUACCCUCUACUUCGUAUUUUGUGUGGAUUCCUCCGAGAGUGAACUUGGGAUCUUGGACCUCAUCCAGGUUUUUGUGGAGACUCUGGAUAAGUGUUUUGAAAAUGUGUGUGAGUUGGAUUUGAUCUUCCAUAUGGAUAAGGUCCACUACAUCCUCCAGGAGGUGGUGAUGGGUGGGAUGGUGUUGGAAACAAACAUGAAUGAAAUUGUGGCUCAAAUUGAAGCUCAAAACAGGCUGGAGAAGUCGGAGGGUGGCCUGUCAGCAGCCCCCGCGAGGGCCGUGUCUGCUGUGAAGAACAUCAACCUUCCUGAGAUCCCGAGGAACAUCAACAUUGGCGAUCUCAACAUCAAAGUUCCCAACCUGUCCCAGUUUGUGUGAAGGUGGAGGACUGGGCUGAACCAGGGUCCUUAGGAUGAGCAGAGCAGUCAAGUCCAGAACCAGAACCCUGCCGAGCCUUCAGAGUCGCACCUGGGACACUGAGCCUUUCACAGAGUGGGAAGGGAGUUGGGUGCACACUGCUCGGCCAUCCUGCUGCUCUCUGAUAUCCGUGGCCGUGGUAGACAUCAGCGCACUAAGCCACUGCUCUUUUGCCUCCCACACACAGCUGCCCUCAGGUUGGGGACUGUGGAAUAGGCCACUUGCUUCCCAGGACCCCACCACUGGGACUGAACACAUCUGACUUCCUCCCUAGCACCUGGGGCUUCCGAGAUCCUGUAUCACUUACUGGGCAAGAGACCAGGAAGAGGCCAGCCUUUCCGAUGUGAGCUGUGGCAGGUGAAGGCAGGGGUAUGCUGGCUCUGCGGGGGCCUCUUCUCCUAGAAUCCCUUUGUAGAACCAACUCUUUGGGGUGGCAUUUCUGCAGGGCAUCCUCCCCCCCCCCCCCCCCCGCAUAUUCCCAGUGUGCUGGACACAAUUGAAACCACACCGUGGGUGCAUGUCACCACCCCUGCCAUAGGGAGGGCACCCCUACACACACACACACACACACACACCCUAAAGCCCUCUUCUAGAUGAGAGACCGGUGUCUGUAGAAUAUGAAAGCUGGAUCCUCCCAGAGUUAUGACUCAUCUCAAGUUUAAAAUACGCUGUCCUGGAAACAGAAGGUUCAGUGGCUGCGUUCUGAAUGAUGAACCAUUUCCCCUUGCUCAGAAACCCACUGACCAGUCUCAGACUCUAGAGCUGAGAGCCUGGACUGGGUGCUGUGUGGGCGGAGCCUGCAGCAUGCUGGCCUUAGACCCGUGUGUUCUCCAGUCUGCAUCCUGCAGUGGGCACACUGGCUCCUUUGGGCAACAUUCUCCAAUACUUUGGAAACAUGUAAAUGUUAACAUGUG